GAGUGUUCAGCGUAACAAACUGGAGUGAUAGAUUCUCUUUUUUCAAUGCUCAAAAUAAUGAAACUGGAUUUUCAUGCGCUUAUGAUGAUAAUUUCCAUUCAAGCAGCUUCAUGAAAGACUUGGAUUUACCUCCAGUAAGAAUGAGCAUGUUGUCAGUAAAAGAGAGCAACGAAGGUGAUGUAGAAUGCGUGAACGAUGCCGUGGAAGAAAACAUUUUUUAUUUCACUUCAUCUUCGAUCAAACUAAAUAAUAAGAAGAAGAACAUGGGAUUCAGAGUCAGACCUAAGCUGGCCUCUGCUCACGCAGUCCUAUCGUCCAAGUUAGAAGAUCCAAUAGAAAUGCAGACACUUGAGGAAACAGAUAAUAUGAUACCAGAACCUCUCGAACAUGUUUGUGUGGAUCCCCUACCAAUGCCUGCUGAAGAAAUGACCAUGGACAAGGAUAUGGAGGAAAAGAGAGUGAAAGAGAGAGUGAUGGCAGGAAAACCUUAUGUCAAAGAGGGUUUCAGGAUGGAGCUUAAUUCAGCAACUAGAAAAAGCUUAUGGAAGGGGAAGUUUGAACUCAAGGAGAGAAUAAAGGAAGGAAUGCAGGAGAGACUGUGCGGAAGUCUGGAGAGUAUCGAUGAGGGGAACGAGAGAGAGUUGAGUGAGAACCAAAGGCAAAGGAGGAUAAGUUGGGUUUCAAAACAAAGAGAUGCACAAACAUUGGGGGCAUCAACGGAUGGAGAGAAUUCUAUGGACAGAAGUAUUGAGAAAGAGGACCAGAUAGACAAUAGGGAAAUGAAAGACUGUGUUCGUCAUCCUUUCCUCUCUCGGGUUCUCCUACAUUCCUCGGCUUCAUCCUCAUCCUCCUUCAACUCCUCAGCAGAGAGUGAUGAUGUCUUUAGUGAGGGGGAGGAUAAUACUGCUGCCCGGAGGAAGACAAUGAGGAGGUGUCAAUCUUGGAGAACAUUUCUGACCAUAAUGCAGUGGUCAAAGUGCACACCGAGAUCAUGGAUCCAACUGGCUGGUCACCAAGGUAAUGUCAAGCUGAGCAAGGGUGGGGAGGUGCUCAAGAGGUUUUGUGAUGUGGAAGACUACUGUCUGCAGGCCCUCAUGUCUGACAAUCUCUGUCAGUUUGUGCCUCAUUAUUUUGGGCACAUCAGUCAGGACGGAGAGCAAUACAUCCGUCUAGAAGACCUGCUGAGCGGCCUCAAACAUCCUGUUAUCAUGGACUGCAAAAUGGGUGUCCGGACUUACCAAGAGGAGGAGAUCAUAAAAGCCAGGAAUAAUGCCAGCGUGCGGACUGAUAUGUAUCAGAAGAUGUUGAAAGCUGAUCCAGCAGCUCCCACUGUGAAAGAACACGCUCAGAGAGGCGUGACAAAGCUGCGUUACCUGCAGUGGAGGGAUGACAGCAGUACUACCUCUACACUGGGCUUCCGCAUCGAGGGCAUAGUGAUGGGGAAUAGGAAAGUAUUACGGAACUUCUACAAGACGCAAACAGAUGCCCAAGUGACAGAAACACUGUUAUCCUUCACCAGGAGUCAGGUUCACAUUCUUAAGGCCUACAUAUCCAGAUUACAGGCUCUGAAUGAAACGCUAAAGCAGUCAACAUUUUUCAGCAAGCACGAGAUCAUAGGAAGCUCUCUGCUUUUUGUGCAUGACUCCAGCAGCAAAGCAAACAUAUGGAUGAUAGAUUUUGGGAAAACUAUCCCGACCCCAGAGGAUGUCCAUCUGAGGCAUGAUGUUCCAUGGGUGGAGGGAAACAGGGAGGAUGGGUACCUCAUUGGGUUGACCUCCCUAAUCUCUCUGCUGGGGGAAGCUAUCAGAAAAGCAGGGGAGCAAAGUCAAGAGCAACCACUUUCAGACUGAGCUCACAGAGACUGUAAUAAAUAACAUGAAAUCGAUGAGUUCACAUCAGAUCCAGCUAUAGACUCUAUAGAAACAGCCUGUUUAAAAAAAUGCCUUACAAGUAUGUUAAAAUAAACAAUCUUUAGAUACCUGAAAAGGUUGGAUGACUGGAUCCUCAAUUCUGGUCCUAGAGUUAUCGCUUAAUGGAACAGUUCACGACUGUGAAUGACUCAGUUUUGUCUGUGGAACACACAGGAAGGAAUUUAAAGGAUUUAAAUAAAUAGAUAAGACUUAAAAGCUUUAAAACGCACCCAAAGUAUCAUGAAAAUAGUCCAUAAGACUUGUGCAUCACAUUCUAGUCUUUUAAAGGCAUAUGAUAGCUUUUGGUGAGAAAUAACCCGAAAUGUAUGUUUUUUCACUGCAGUUUGUCUUAUUUUCUAAACAUACAAACAUUCUCAGAAAAAAAAAAGAAAAAAAAAACUUGAGAAGCAGAAUGGGUUUAAGAUAUUAAGUCUUGUUUUCACAGAAAUAUAAAAAGGAUUCACUUUUUAAAACAAAGACAAGAUAUAAAUUCUGUCUUUCCUGAGGUCCACUGAUAAUGUUAGUAAUAUUUUUUUUUAUUAAAACAGUCAUAAUUUAUUAAUAUAUGAUAAUUUUCUACCUUAUCUCUGGCCCUCUGUCUGAAACGCUUGCUUUUGGCAUAAACACCUCCUUAAAACUUCAACGUAAAUGCCCACUGUUCUAAUUGGCUUAUAUUGUGCAGCCCCAGAAUAGAAUGAACAAGCUCCACAACAUCAUAAAACAAAAUUUCUGGGGUUAUACGCACAUCCAACAUAUUGAAUCUGAAUAUAUGAAAUGGUUCUUUUUAACCACAGCUGUUAACACUCGCACCCUGUUUACAACGGACUCGAGGGUUGCGUUGCAUCCUGUCAAAAGUAAUAGAAUCAAAGAUGCUGUGUAGUGUGUACCAUGGAAACAUCUGUUGUGGCAAGUCUAAUUUUGCUCUGCACGCUCUAACGCUACUACUUCCAACAACAAAUAAACGGUUUAGAAAGUCUGUGUCGAAACGCCCAGUGUAGCACCAUAAACUAUCAAUCAACCAUGACGUGAAAUAUUCAUGACUGGAUUUGUAUACUUACUGUUUUGCAUUGGGUCCAAAUGUUUUUAACUGCCCCAUCCUUCAAUUCCUUUGCAAAUUCCAUCCUUUAAUUCCUUUUCAGUUCCUUUGCACAGCUUAAAUAGAUUUAUGACCAUUUCACAAGCAAUCCACAUUGAUAUGAGCUGAAAAAAACAUGCAAUCGAUGCUGAAAUACACUGAAGACACAUUCACAUAACACAUACAUAGUCCAAAGCAUAGUGUAAACUUGCUGCACACACAUCCAGUAUCCAUUAUCAUCCAGCACUGAAAUGCACAUCGUCGGAGAUGCAUCUAAGUGGUUAAAGACAUCCAUCCAGCGCAUGAUUUCAUACACCAACAAUUGUAUCAGCUAGAUGCCCAUCUGCUAUCUAGCGCAGAUGGGCGAAAGACAGCAAGAGGCAGCAGCUGAAUGACAGAGAAUGGAUUCUCCUCUUCAGAGUUGUAACUUGACACCACAUCUUAUAAAAGCACCCCGAGAUAUGUAUCAAGAGGUCAAAGACAUCUGUUCAUGCAUGUUAAAAUACAAAAAUAGUCCAGAUGGGUCCCAUUUGGUGUUCAGGAAUAAUUAGGACACAGUAGGCCUUGUUUGUCCCUCUCUAUCAGUUUACAAACUGAAGCAUCAAGUGGGCGGGGCCAAGGGUGCAUUGAUGUAAAAGUAGGCAUUGAUGUUUUUGAGUUGUAGAGGUAGUCAUGAAUUAAAGAGCCCCCAAAUGAUGUUUGGAAGUCGCAGAAGUACAGAAAAAGGCCUUUUUGCAGCUUGGUUUCAAUAAAUGCUUUUAUUGCCUUAGGAUUACAUUUUGUGUUCUGAAAUUUACAGUAUAUGUUUAUAGUAGAAAGAACUUUUAUAUGUCAAAAUACCAAGGAAAAUUUGAUUCCUCAUGACAUGUCCUGUUUAAAGGAGAGCCAUAUGUAGCCAUCAGGGCUGGACUUGUAAUCUGGCAUACUGGGCAUUUUCCCGGUGGGCCAAUGCACUUUGAGGCCAAUCAGGAGAGGACUGGCCAUCGGGAGAACCGAGGGGUCUGGUAGGUCGGCCGCGAUAAGCUAAUAUGAGCUGCCGCGUUAUGUAGUACGGACCACAAUUCGGCGCUGUGCGAUAUGCAGAAAUGGAUAGCGAACAGCCAUAUUUGAAUAUCAGAGUUCACUGAACUUGAACUUUGGUAUGCAGAAUACAAAAGUUCUUAGUUUUUGCUGUGCCGCAUUCAGAUGCAUAUGAAUGGAAGUGAAUGGAGCUAGUGUGUCUAGUGUGGCGGGGGAGAGUACCGUUUCUGUAGUGAAUGUUAGGUAUUAUUAUUUUUUCUAAAUGCAGCUAACUUGUUAUGCCAUUUUGGUAUCAUACAUUUACAUAUAACGUUACCAUUGUGAUGCAUACCAUUCAUAUUUUUACACAGAGAAUAUAGCAUGUAUUUGAUGAAAAUACAUACAAUUUUGACCUAGCUAACUAAUAUAUACCUGUAUUAUGGUGUCAAAAUAAAAUGUGUAAAAAUGAACCUGGCAUCCUCAAUGAUUCCUUUUCUCUUUGACAACAAAGCACUUGAAAUGUGACGCACUCGUAAUUAAGACUACUGAAGUGGGAAGUUGAAUCAUUUCUACAGCAUAAUAAACUGAUGCGUUGAAUCAGGUGUUGGAUAGAUUGGGGAUCCUACAAGAUCAGGAUUGGAAAAACUUUCUAUUGUCCAGACCAUUAAGGUGAAGCACUUAACAGUAUUAAUAAGACACU